AUGUGCAAUCUGGACUAUAAAAUGGUGUUCAUUUCCCUCUGCAUUUUACACAUCUUCGCUCUCUGUGAAGGGCGCCCCCUCAGGAAGAGGACGGUGAGUGAGGUCCAGCUCAUGCACAACCUCGGGGAGCACAAGCAGGUGCAGGAGCGGCGGGAGUGGCUUCAGAUGAGGCUCCGGGGCAUUCACACAGCUCCGGCCCGCGGCAGCAGCGAGGAGGCGGGCCGGGCGAGGAGGAGGAUGCGUCCCGAGGACCUGCCCGACCUGAGCGACCUGACGCCGGAGGAGAUCCAGUUCGCGUUGAGCCUUUUGGAAAAGCUCCUCAAGUCAAAGCAGACGUGAUUUGUGCUUCAUUGUAUUUGACCUUCAAAACGGUCGCGCUAACAUUUCCAACAUCCUUUAGACUAUUUUUAUUUUUAUUUUUUAUUUUAGUAACUGUUUUUAGUUUAAAUUGUUUCAAGAUGUCUGAAUGGGUCCCUAUUUUUAAAGACUGUAGACCACUUAUAUUUUGUUUAUUUAAACAUUUUCACUUUAUUUAUUUGAUGUUAUUUAUAGAUAUUGGUGUUGAUGAUACUAUUGAAGGGGAAACUGUGCCUUGACUAGGCAAAGCUUCCCCGUUGUUUGCACUUCUGUUUAAUGUUGUAAACCACUCGUAAAGCUGCUUAGUGAAGGAGAUAGAGAGCUGGACCAACUGUGUCGUUUAUGAUUUUAUGAUUUGACGAUGCCCUCAUCAAUGGGCAUUCCUGCCUUUCAAUUCAUGUACAUUUCAUUUAGUUUAUAGAAUAUGUGUGAUUACAUUGCAGACCUAUCGAUGCUAUUUUUUCCUCUCGUAUGUUUAGUGUAAAACGGAAAAAAAAAUACUUCUAUGCACUUCAAAAACAUAAUGUGUAUUUUUUAUAUGUACACAAUGUUUCAUUGUAUAAGACCGUUUUAAUUUUUUUUUUUAUAAAUAAGCGAAGGGUGUAUAAUGUGAUAAAUGUAAUUUAUUUUAAAAAAUGUUUUUUUUUUU